AUCACACAAUUACAUAUAGCAAGUGGGGGCGAAAAAAAGGUUGAAAAAGAAAGGGUGAUUGGUGGUUAUUACUAGUGGAAAAUUGAAGAGAGGAAUUGAAGGGAGAGAACAGGGAAGGUAGGAUGUCAGGGGCACAAGGGGCACAGCCGAAAGAAGCAAGGACAGCAACAGUUUAUAAGUCAGUAGAAGGAGGAGAGAAUAGAACGAGGACCGACUUGCGUUCAAAGGAGGAUCAAGGCAACAUUCAGAUCGAUAAGAUGCAGGAGAAGGUCUCUGACCCUGCUGGCAAAGGUGGUCCUGUCUUUGGUGCUGGCAAAGAUGACAACAAGCAAGACCUUGGAGUCACUGGCACUGGCUAAUCAUGUUAAGAAUAUUGGUAUACUUGACAGUUAAUUGGUUUAGUCAACUGGAUAUAUUCAGUUAAACACUUUAAAUUAUGUAAGGGUUGAAAACAAAUACUUUAAAUUAUGUAAGGGUUGAAAAUAAAUAAUGGUGUAAUCUAAUGUCUUAGAAAUAAGAGACUGAGAUAUAAUAUGAAAGGUGUAUUAUUGAAUUGUAGUCAAAAGUACAAUAUACAAGAGGUAUUUAUAGGUGCUAAAUGAAUCA